UACUAUCUCGUACGAACUUUUCUUGACGAGUUGAAAUACAAAAAUGUUUACAAGUGCUGCGGUUACUUGUCUUUCAGCGCUGCAACAAAAUACGCAUCAACACAACAGGAGCGCGCGAAACCUGUUCGGCCGGCAAUGACCUAGUUCGAAUGCGUCCUCGUGAUCAUUUGCUGGCGUGCCUUCAAACAAGAUGAUUCUGUUUGCGCUGUUCCAAGCCACCCUCGUUCUGGAGCUGUUUCUUUUCCUCUUCUUUUUCUUCCCGACCGUUGUGGUUUACGAGAAGCUGACGUCCAGAUUGAGUAAAAACAACGCCCUGGGCGUUUGGAUUGGUUCCUGUACUGUUGAUGAUAAUUGUGGGGUGUGCAAGGACAUGACAACUGAAGGCGGUACAAUUGAAUCGCCAAACUUUCCAAACGACUACAGCUCCGAUUUGAAAUGCUUGUACACAAUCGAGUCACCGACGGACACUAAAAUCGAAUUGACUUUUACCCAAUUCAUUGUGGAAAAUUGUUGUGAUUUCAUCACGGUAUUUGAUGGCGAAAGUGACCCUCUCCAAAUCGCUCUUAACGGCUACCAAAUACCACAAGUAACAACAUCAACAGCCAACAAAAUGACAAUAAAAUUCACGACAAACGGCGACAACACGCUGAUACUGCCCGCCAAUUUAAGUCCCGGACGAUGGCAAGCGAAAUACAAGUUCCUAGCGAUAGAGAGCCGCAUGACCGUUCCUUUAGAAAACGCAACAAUUGCAGAACUAUACUUGCAGCUGCUCGGGUUUAUGCUGGUGUCUUUCCCAAUCCUUGCCGUAACGAAUGGCAUUUCCUCCAAGACGAAAAUCGACAACUUACUGGAAAAGAUCGACAAUGUCAUUGCUGACCGAGCUUGUAACAUUACAGCGGGAUGUGGUGAGUGCCGAACGAUAACGGACGACGGCGGCAUGAUAGCAUCUCCAAAUUUCCCGAACGAAUACGAUCCGAAUUUGAAUUGCUUGUACACGCUGAAAGCGCCACUGGGAAUGAAAAUUCGGUUAACAUUCACAGAGUUUCACGUGAAAAAAUGCUGUGAUUUCAUAACAGUGUUUGACGGUUUGGCCAAUCCACUUCAAGUCGCGAUGAACGGUGAAGAUAUUCCAUCUCCAGUGAUGUCACCAUCUAACCGGAUGGCCAUCAAAUUCACCACAAGUGUUGACCAUGCCUUGGUUAAUGGAACAAAGGAUACAGAGCCUGCGCGAUGGCAAGCGAUCUAUACCUUCGUCUGAACAUUCCUAGUGAAAACAAAUUAAACAAACGAAUUUAAAAAAACUUGUAUAAAAAUGUGUGCAACUUCCUAUCGAGUAAAUUUGUGCCCCUUCUUGUCAUGGAACACUCGAAUCUCCUUUUUAAAAAAGUGUGUUUUAAAUUAAUUUUUUUUUUUGGUGGUAAAUACAAAUAGUUAAGGCAAUA